AUGUUUAAUGGAAAAAAGGCUUGUCUCUCCGAAAAUAAAUGCGGAGAAUAUGGCUAUUGUCAUCUGGUACAAGGCGAGAUAUCAUGUGAAUGUAAAUUUUGGUGGGAAGGAGAAUUCUGUGACCAACAAUCAAAUAGUGGAAAACAAGUCAUUAUACUUGCUUGUUUGACGGCAAUAAUUAUGGUCAUUUUCUAUAGUUUACAAAUCAUUCGAAAUUUGUACAAGAUACGCAAAAAACGAAAAGAAAACAAGGAAAAGGAAGCGUUACAAGACACAACACUUAUAGAUAUAGUAAUUAAACCUGUGAAAAAAUCAACUCCAGUAUCAUCACGUGUUAUUGCUACUUUGGUGAUUCUUGUUGCUACUGGAACUCUUCUUACUAAAUGUUUAGCUCUAACAGAGAUUCAUGAUGAAAUAGUUGAUAGAUAUAAAAAUAAACAACCAAUCUAUUUUAACAGAACAUCUUUUUGUGACGCACUUGAUAUUGCAGAAUUCAAUGUCGUGACAGUUUCUGUUGGUUUUUUACUUAUCAUCAUUUGUAUAUUAAUGACCAAGCGAAUGUCACUUAUGCGAAAUAGAUGCUAUGGAUACGGAGCACCACCAAUAUCUGUUGAUUUUCUUUCACACUUAGAUCGAAAGUUUGCUGCUGUUGUUUUUGCCAUUAUAGCCGAUGAAUUGUUAGCAGUAGUACUACAACUUGACUACUCAUCAGAUUCAAAGAAAGGUAUUCUUGUUACAUUUCUUUUACGUCUUUUUCAAGUGAUAAUCAUGGGCUGUCGAUUUUAUCCUAUAUUGUCUUCUGUUUAUAUCAAUUCGACAGUUACAUUAUUGUGUGCAACAAUAUAUGCAUGGCUUGAUUAUUCAUUUACAAUUCUUACUCAAGGGAUGUGCUAUCCGGCUUAUUAUCCAACUUAUGAGCAUUAUUUGCAAAAUUCAACUGAUAUUUAUGAGAUAUUGGAUUAUUAUGGUACUGGCCCAGCAUUAAUUGUUAUAGAAGUGUGUAGUGAUAUUCCACGAUAUCUUUGUUUAGCUUAUAUUAGUGUUAAAUUACCAGUAAUGUUAGUAGAAAAAAUGCAUAUUCAGCGAAAAAGAUAUUUCACAGAAAAAAAUAAAAUAUUAGUGCCAUUAACACGAGAAGAAAGGCUUUUACUUAGUGCGUCUCAUCGAAAUUCGAUUGAAAUGCUUUAUGUACGAAAUUUAUUUCGUUCAGCAAAUCAAAGACCUCAUAGUCGAGCACUAUUUGCUCGUUUAAUACCAAAAUCUAUCUAUGAAUGGAGAGAUGAUUUUCAAUUUUCAUCUCGUGUUUUAUGUCUUUAUUCAUCCAUAUUCUUUUUACUUUUCUUUGUUACUAUUCAAGCUUGUGUAGAUAUUCUACCUUCAUUAGAUCGUGUUCAAGACCAUCUUCAAACCAUAAUUGACUCUAUCAUUGUUAUAAUUGAGUUAACAAUCAACAUAUUCUCUCACGAUGAUGAUAGUGAAUCUCGGCUUUUAUUAACUUUUCCACUACCAAAUUUAGCAAUACCAUACUUAUGUGGCAUAGCUAUGGCUGUAAUCAUUAUUAUUAUACAAUUAUUGGUAUUGUUAGCUAGUAUACGUCGAAAUUUAUUACAGGCAUAUCGUGGUGAUGAUAGUGAAAUACCACGAAGACAAAGAUCAAACUAUGUGUCAUAUGCUGUAGGAAAUUUUCAUUUUGCUGGAUAUUUUAUUGGUUAUUUUAUAUGGGCUUUUAUUAUUAUAGCAGUUUUCUCGACAGCGUUUUGUAUUUCUAUAGGUACAUUAAUUACAUAUGGAAGUGUCGAAGUACUCGAAAAAAUUUUAAAAUUUAUUCUACCAAGUCUUUUACUUGUUACUUAUAAAUCAUUUUUAAAUAAGCUGCUGGCACAAUAUAUUUUCUUACAACAUUAUGGAGAUGUUUUAGCACUGAACCAUCGUCGUCUUUUUAUGAUAUUUAUUUAUUUUAAUUUCUUCUUAGAUGCUUUUCUUGGUUUUGUUUCAUCCAUAUUACGUUUUGUUAAUAGUAUUAUUGCCACAACACUUUAUAUGGCUCGCUUAGAUUAUUCACCAUUAGGUCGAAAAUUAGAAUCAUUCGAUAGUGGUUUUAACGCUUAUUGUGGUUUUAUUCAUACAGAAUGUACUCAUCGACAUCCAGUUAUGUUAGUAUUCGUUUCACAUUUAUUUAGUGAAAUUAAAAAACAACAAUAUGCAAUGACUAAGAUUGAUUUAGAUGGUUUUCUACUCGAAGGAAAACUUGUAUCGAAACAAAAGAAACCAUCAAGAUAUAUUCGAAAAUGGAGACUAGCUGCUUUUCUUGUUCGUAAUCCAAGUAUUCUGUUUUUUAGAAAAUCAUUUCUUCACGAAUUGUCUCUUGAGGAUCGUCGUGCAUUAAAUGAUGUUGAUAACAAUAAGCAAUAUAAUGUCCAACGAGGAAUUGCAUCUUACAUGCGUCAAAUGGCUGUUAAAGGACCAAGUUUAACUUUUUAA